GCCUGGACAGACCACGUCGAAAAAGCCAGCUAAGCUCUGCGCGUGAAUCGUCACAUGGAUUAGGCGAGAGACACCGAAAGCUGCGUCAACCCGACAGCGACAGCAACCACCGCCGCUUUCCCGCCAGACCCGGACUGAAAACAACUAUGCAUCCGAUCGCCAGGCUGUGAUUGCGAUUUUUGCCGCUCGGUUUCGUUGCACCCGCCAGAGUCGCUCCUGUCCCCGCCGGCAUUGGACGACUGUUUGGAGGGGCGGUAUAACCCCUUGAAUAUCUUGGCCGUGCGCCUGGCGCUUCCCCUCCUCCGCCGUUGACCCGUUGGACGACGCGGCACGCGGCCGCCCCGGCGCAAUGGCCGACUACUCGAUGUACCACGCCCUGGGACAAGGCGACCAGCCAGAUCCCAACGACCCCAACCGCCCUGGCCCACCCCAGUUCCAGCCCGGCGCCGCCCAGCCUCCUUACCAACAAGGGCCCGGCUACGGCGCCCCCGUCCAGCCCGGACAACCGCCCCAGCAGUCCUAUGGCGGCCCUGCUCCGCCGGGAGCAGCGGGGGGCUAUGGCCCAGCAUCGCCCGGCCAGCAGCAGCCGCCCGCGACGGCUGGUUACUUCCAGGGCCAACCGUUGCCAGGGCAAGAUGCCGACCUGGCGGCCCAGAUGGGCGGGAUGAACCUGGGCCACGACGCCGCCCACGGAGCGGCACGGAAGAAGAAGAAGGACAGGCACGCCUACCAUACUGUUGAGGCGACAGGCUCUUCCCAGGCCUUCAACGGCAUACCCCCGACAGGUACGCCGGCGACCGCGUUCCUCAACGCCGACCCCUCGGGCACUAGCGGCUUUGUUGGCCAGGUGCAGCCGCAGGUUGGUGGCAUGGGAAGCCAAUUCCCGGCACCGGCCAGUGCGCCGUUCAGCCCGGCAAGCACGGCAUCGCCAGCGCAGUUCGCAGCCCGCAAUGGCCCCGUCGAGAUGCCAAGCACCUUUGUCCCCGCCUCGGGCGCAGCUAAGGUCUCGCCCGACGAUAUCCCUAGUGUCCCCGUUUCCCGCGACUCGGUCCAACAGUACUUCCUGGGCAAUGUAUACCCGACCUUCGAGCGCCAUGUACCCCCACCCGCCGCCGUCUCCUUCGUCGCCUUCGACCAGGGCAACUCAUCACCCAAGUUUGCUCGUCUGACCAUGAACAACAUCCCUGCAAGCUCAGAGGGCCUCCACAGUACCGGGCUCCCCCUCGGCCUUAUUCUGCAGCCGCUAGCCAGCCUCCAGGAGGGCGAGUCUCCUGUUCCCGUUCUCGACUUUGGCGACGCCGGCCCGCCGAGGUGUCGCAGGUGUAGGGCCUAUAUCAAUCCCUUCAUGAUGUUCCGGGCCGGCGGCAACAAGUUCGUCUGCAACCUCUGCACCUACCCCAACGACACUCCCUCAGAAUACUUCUGCGCCACCUCGCCUCAGGGUGUGCGUGCCGACAGGGACCAGCGCCCAGAGCUCAGCCGAGGCACCGUCGAGUUUAUGGUGCCCAAGGAGUACUGGACCAAAGAGCCCGUUGGCCUACGCUGGCUGUUUGUCAUUGAUGUGACGCAGGAGUCGUACAACAAGGGAUUCCUCGAGUCCUUCUGCGAGGGUAUACUGCGAGCCUUGUACGGUGCCGAUAGUGACGGGCACGAGGAAGAGAAGGAUGAAAACGGCGAGCCCAAGGCGAAGAGGAGCCUACCAGCCAACGCCAGAGUCGGGUUUGUCACGUAUGACAAGGACAUACAUUUUUACAACGUCAGCUCGGCGCUGGAACAAGCCCAGAUGAUGAUAAUGACGGAUAUUGAGGACCCGUUCGUGCCACUGAGCGACGGCUUGUUUGUUGACCCUUACGAGUCCAAGGCCGUUAUCACCUCUCUGCUCACAAGGCUUCCUACAAUGUUCUCCUCUAUCAAGAACCCCGAACCUGCCCUUCUUUCAACGCUGAACGCGGCUCUGUCGGCUCUUGAGAAGACGGGUGGUAAGAUCGUUUGCUCCCUGUCUGCCCUUCCCACGUGGGGCCCUGGAAGGCUGUUCAUGAGGGAUGACGGGAAGCACCCCGGAGGCGAAAUCGACAAGAAGCUGUUUACCACAGAGCACCCGGCCUGGAAAAAGGUGGCGGAGAAGAUGGCUGCGGCUGGUGUUGGUGUUGACUUCUUUAUGGCCGCCCCUUCUGGUGGCUACCUCGAUAUCGCGACCGUCGGUCAUGUCUCAUCGACAACCGGAGGCGAAACCUUCUAUUACCCCAACUUCAUUGCGCCCAGGGAUAACACCAAACUGUCUCUCGAAAUCAAGCAUACAGUCACUCGCGAGACUGGGUACCAAGCGCUGAUGAAGGUGAGGUGCUCAAACGGUCUGCAAGUUUCCGGGUAUCAUGGAAACUUCAUCCAACAUACGUUCGGGGCCGACCUGGAGAUUGGCGCCAUCGACCGGGACAAGGCACUUGGGGUCACCUUCAGCUAUGACGGCAAACUUGAUUCGAAACUGGACGCGCAUUUCCAGUCGGCGCUUCUCUACACGACGGCCAACGGCGAGCGGAGGGUGCGCUGCUGCAACAUUAUCGCUAGCGUCAACGACAACCCGCGAGACAGCAUGAAGUUUGUGGACCAGGACGCCGUGUAUGCUAUCCUGGCCAAGGAGGCAGCGACCAAGCUGGCGACGACGUCGGCAUCACUCAAGGACAUAAGGCUCAGCUUGACGGAGAAGACGAUCGACUCGAUGGCGGGGUACCGCAAGAACCACACGUCGCAGGCGCAUCCUCCCGGUCAGCUCGUGAUGCCAGAACGGCUCAAGGAGUUCUGCAUGUACAUGCUGGCUCUGAUCAAGUGCCGCGCGUUCAAGGGUGGCAGCGAGACGUCGGACAGGAGGGUUCACGAGAUGCGCAUGAUCCGCUCCAUGGGCUGCCUGGAGCUGAGCCUAUACUUGUAUCCGCGCAUGAUCCCGAUCCACAACCUCCAGCCCGAAGAAGGAUUCCCGGAUCCGCAGACGGGCCACCUACGGAUGCCACCCGCGCUGCGGACAUCCUUCAGCCGGGUCGAGCCAGGCGGCGUGUAUAUUGUGGACAAUGGCCAGCAGUGCCUGCUGUGGUUCCACUCCCAGACGUCGCCCAACCUGAUCGCGGACCUCUUCGGAGGCGGGGUGGGCGAAGAGGGACUGCAGCUCAAGGCGCUGGACGCAUACACAUCGACGAUCCCGGUGUUGGAGACGCAUCUCAACGCCCAGGUGCGCAACAUCAUCGAGUUCCUCCGGACGCUACGCGGGUCCAAGGGUCUGUCGGUACAGUUGGCGAGGCAGGCGAUCGACGGUGCCGAGUACGAGUUUGCGCGCAUGCUCGUCGAGGACCGCAAUAACGAGGCAUCCAGCUACGUAGACUGGCUGGUACACAUCCAUAAGGGUGUUCAGCUCGAGUUGACCGGUCAGCGGAAGAGGGAAGACAGCGGGAACGACUCGGCGCUUUCGAGCUUUGCAGGCAUGCGCCCUGCAUACUGGUAGGGGCAGGAAGGGUCGUCGGCGAUGCGGGGAUGGUCGAUUGUCAUUUAGCUCGAAGGGCAGAGCUCGCUUGGCAGAUAGCUCGAUGGGUAAUGAGGCCAGUUUGCGCGAAGCAGCCGAUACUAUACGCCCUCACCCCCAUGGUUCGCAAUGUCAGUAGACGCGCAUAUCACGAUGGGGUGUUUUUUGUUGGCGUCCGUGCUGGAGCGUUUGAGGCGUCGAGGAGGCGCAUGUCUAUGCUUGAGAUCGAACAUUCAACAAAAUCUUGGGGCGGAAAAAGGGCGUGUUUGGCACUGGUGUUUUCUUCCUUUUUUUGUUGUUGCUCUCUCUUCCUACCGUCUCUGGCGGCAGCACCGGAGGUUUCUGUCAAGGUGGAUAUCAAGGAACAAACAAAACAAUGAUUAUGCCAAUGGUUAUGUCAUGGAUGAAUUCAUAUCACGUGCA